AGUACAUUGGCAAUCUGCACGGUAAUCAUUUCCGUUCUGUCCGCUUCUGUCCGCAGGUGUCACGCGCCUUGACUUGUAUAAAUACCACCACUUUGCUCUGUACCAAACAUCUUCAAUGCAUACCAAGCUUCCUCUACUACCACUCGAACUGCAAUGGGAAAUAUUCGAGCUCACUGCACGCGUUUACCCUGCAGAGGCUCACGGGCUCUUGCUGGUCGCGCGGCGAGUACAUUCUUGGGUUGAACCAAUACUAUACGAAAAUGUGGUUCUAGGCGGCGAAUCACCCUUGAUGAAUCGCAGUGCCCACUUAAAGUUCCUGCAGACAGUCGGCGCCAAACCAGCCGAAUUCCUUGGGCGCGUCGUGAAGCGACUUUGUUUAACAUACCAUGCACACGACGAAUCAGCGAUGCGUCUGCUUCACCAUUGUACAGGCACGAUCUCACUGGCUUGCUGGAGCCCGGCUACUGUGUCGCCCAGCUCGCUCGGUUCCAUUGCAAGCCUCCGAUUUCUUUGCCAUCUAUCUAUCCCAAUCACGUAUUUCAUGGAUCUCCCCAUCUCCGACAGCCCCUCAUGCAACUGGAAUCGUCGCCUAACACAUCUGGAAAUCAUCGUCCCAGCCGCUCAACUGCAUCACUUGCAGCCCACAAUGGCAGAACGCUUGCUAGCCCUACCUUCACUUACUCACCUCGGCUUUCUCGAUUUUCCUAAUAGCCUGGAGUAUGAUUUCAUUUCACCACUCCUUGAGCAACACAAAUCCUUGGAAGUCGUGUAUCUCCUUUUGUAUUAUUUCGACGAGCGGCCCGAGCAGGAUCAUCCGUGGGGAAAUGACGAUCGUGUCGUCGCUAUGGUGCGGUCUAGAUGCAAAUAUGAUUCAAUUGCCCAUUGGGAGUCGGGAGCAUUAUGGAAGACAGCAACUGAGGUCGUCAGUCAGCGAAGAGCCAUGAUAACUACGUAGGAAAUGAUGAUACCCUAUAUAAAAACCAAUUACCUCACGUUACGGAUCCCUGGGUACAUGUAUAUGCAUUCCUGCACGACUAUAACUAGUAAACACUUUGGAGUCGGGCUUCUCGUCGGAGACAAACGCUACGACACAGUACGACACCACAAAGUAGUUAUCAAAUAAUUAUCCUUUCAACUUUUCAUAUGGGGAUAGGAAUAUCAUUUUCAUCAAGUAUCGCACACGCGUCAAUCAUCUCGCUGCGCCAGCCUAAUCUUCAAAGGCAGUUGCGAUCCUUUCUCAACCUGCCCUUCGAUUGUCGGAGUCAUGACACCACAGGCUUCCCGGCGAAUAUCCUGUGUUUCUGUAAGCGAGAACUCGAAGUUGCUCAGAAGUUCGAUCAUAAAGGCGUGGAGUUCCAUGACC